GUUAUUAAUACCAAUCAAAGGUGAAUGACGUUUGAAAGGAGUGAGCAUUGUGAGCGAUGGAUGGAGUGACUCACAAAGGAGGCCUUUAAUUAACUUUAUGGUCAUCUCUAAAGGUAGACCGAUGUUUUUGAAAGCAGUAGAUUGUUCUGGCGAGGUAAAAGACAAGUUUUUUAUUGCUAAUCUGAUGAAAGAAGUGAUCAAUGAAGUUGGUCCUGACAAUGUAGUGCAAGUGAUAACCGAUAAUGCUCCUAAUUGCAAAGGUGCAGGACAACUCAUUGAAGGACAAUUUCCAAUGAUUGUAUGGACACCAUGUGUAGUACAUACAUUGAAUCUUGCCCUGAAGAACAUUUGUGCUGCUAAGAAUGUUGAAGACAAUCAAAUUGCAUAUGGAGAAUGCAGCUGGAUAUCUGAUGUUGCUGGAGAUAUCAUGGUUGUGAAAAAUUUUAUCAUGAAUCAUUGUAUGAAGUUGUCCAUGUUUAAUGAAUUUGUACCUCUUAAAUUGUUGUCUGUGGCUGAAACACAUUUUGCAUCGAUUAUUGUUAUGUUGAAGAGGUUUAAAUUGAUUAAAGGAGUUGUUGCUCAAUGAUUUAUGGUGGGACAAAAU